AGCAAGGCGAUGGGAGGUUUAUUAUCGGCUUUGACGGGUGAGGCGGAGGCGGCGGAGGCACCCACCACCGAGUCAUCAUCACCUUCGAGAGUGAUUGUUUUUGAAUCAUCGCACGCGUGGAAGCAACACUUCAACGCCGCCAAAGAACUCAAUAAGUUGAUGGUGGUGGAUUUCACAGCGUCCUGGUGUGGUCCCUGCAAGUUUAUGGCCCCUUUCAUCGAUACCAUGGCCAGCAAGUACACCGACGUUAAUUUCAUAAAGAUCGACGUCGAUGAGGUCAAGGUGUUUCUAGGAGGCGGCAGAGGAAUAUGGGGUGACUGCUAUGCCUACGUUCGUGUUCAUAAAGCAAGGCAAGGUGGUGGAUAAAGUGGUAGGAGCCAAUAAAGGCGAGCUUGAAGAGAAGAUCCUCAAGCACAAGCCCAGGGAAGUUCCCAAAUUUGCUGCUUGAUUCGAUUAUCAUAAUUACUGGCUCAUGCCGCAAAAGAUAGAGAGCCAUUAAGUCCCAUUUCAAUCAAAUAAAGGGGGGGAAACACAGCCCUCAGAUGUUAUAUCAUGUUUAAUGUAAUCAGUAGUUCAUCUUUGAAGUUUGGUGCCUUGCGCCUGGUAAAUGACUAACCAAGUUUUUACUUUUUAUUAUGGAUUAUAGAAUACAGUCCUUUGCAGCACUGGGUAAUGAUGAUGAUGAUUAUAAAUUACAGUCUUUUUCAUUAACGCAAUUUUCUACUA